GACGACCGCCUGUCAGCAGCAAUACAUCACCCUAACUUAAUGAGACUCUAAAGGGGCGCGCCUUCAAAAAGCAAAAAUAAUUUCACUCUGAAAGGGGAGCUAAGUGCAACGGAGGGCUGGUGGAGUGGAGCAUUGUAACCUCAGACAAGAACUCACAGAGAACAAACCCUGGUUUGUCUUCCCACAUUUUUGUGAUUAACUAAAGAUCCCGGCUGUGGCGCAAGGCAACAGCAAAAAAAAAGCCAUGACUGAAUCCAGCCAACCCAGAAAGAUGAACCGGGCCAAGCUGGUGGUUCUGGGUCGAGACAACUGUGGAAAGACAGCCCUGUGUGUAAGAUUCAUCACUAGACGCUUCAUAGGAGAGUAUGACCAUAAAAAGGAGGUCACCUACAGGUGUCGGAAAACUGUGGACAACGAGCCAAUCGAUGUGGAGAUGUUAGACACAGCCAACAAGCAGGAGUGUGUUGGCUCUACAGGGUCAUCUCUGGAGAGCUCUAUCAGGUGGGGCGAUGGCUUCCUCAUUAUCUACUCCAUCACGGACCGCAGUAGCUUUGAGGCCGUCUCACGUCUAAAGAGGCUCAUCGACCACAUCAAGCAGGCCCUGGGCAUCCCUACAGUGAUUGUGGCCAACAAGUCAGACAUGGAGAACGGGCGGGUUGUGAGAACUGAGGAGGGUCAGGCCCUGGCUGCAGACCUCAGGUCACCAUCCAUCCCUCAAUCCAUCCCUCCAUCCAUCACUCCCUCCAUCCAUCACUCCCUCCAUCCAUCACUCCCUCCAUCCAUCCUUCCGUUCAUCCCUCCAUCCCUCCCUCCAUCCCUCCCUCCAUCCAUCCCUCCCUCCCUCCCUCCCUCCCUCCCUCCCUCCCUCCCUCCCUCCCUCCCUCCCUCCCUCCCUCCCUCCAUCCAUCCCUCCCUCCAUCACUCCCUCCAUCCAUGCAUCCCUCCAUCCAUCCAUCCAUCCCUCCAUCCAUCCAUUCACCAUACACUUUUAACUGUGUGUGUGUGUGUGUCCAGAUGCAGUUUCUACGAGCUGUCGGUGGCAGAGGGCUGCGUUGCCGUGGAGACAGCGGUGGCCCAGCUGGUCAGGGAGGUGCGUUUAGAGUACCAGCGCCACCUGCUGGUGAUGGACACGCGCUCCCGCAUGCUGCAGAUGACGCACGCGCUAAGGAGCAGGCUCACCCGCAGCAAGACCAUGCAGUGGUAAAUGAACUGGUCCCGAUAGGUCACUUGAUUAUAACCACCCAGAAGUGUGGAAGAUUUUCUACAUAGCUAAGCCACACUAUUGACAUCACUAGGUCCAUGGCGGGCAGUACUUUAACAGGACACAGCCCUCUAGACAUCCAGGACCAGCCCAGCACAACCCACUGGAAGAAAGAUAAGAGUUCUGGACUGUUGAUGGGACUGGGAGCAUGUGAAGACAGUGUUGUAAUGCACUGUAUAUGUGUGUAGAAGAGACUGAUUAUCUGUGUGUGAUUUUGCAUAGUAGUUAUAAUAGUACUCUACAGUAUGUGCCAUAUCAGCCUGCUCUUUGAUGUCAGACUACCAGGAAGGUAAGGCUCAAAGACACUUGCAUGAACUAUGUUCACUGCUACUGUGUUAAUGUGUUUGUCAUCAUGGAAAUAAAUAUAU